AUGGUGGCAGCUGCAAAAUUAUUUAAGAUACCAGUGUAUGUCUCAGAGCAAUAUCCUAAAGGACUGGGACACACCACAAAAGAUAUUAAUAUUGAAGAGGCAUUUGUUUAUGAAAAAACUAAAUUUUCAAUGUACACCCCGGAACUGCUGACACAACUGAAGAAAGAUGUGCAAAACUUAGGCUCUGUUGUAAUAUUUGGCAUUGAAGCCCAUGUAUGCAUUGAACAAACUGCUAUAGACCUGUUGAAUGAAGAUAUAGCUGUUCAUGUAUUGGCUGAUGGUGUAUCUUCAAGGUCAUUAAUGGACAGAGGAUUAGCAUUACAGCGUUUGCAAUCCAUCGGUUGUUUUGUCGGUACAUCGGAAAAUGUUUUAUUCAAAUUGUUGAAGGACAAAAACAAUGAAGCUUUCAAAGAUGUUUCAAAAUUAAACUUAAUACCAACACCAGAUGAAUUUGGCAUGGGUUUGCCGUUUAUAAACGAUAAACAAUGCAAC